GUGCCUCAUUUGAAACGGUAACGGUUAAUUUGAUGAUUCUGUUUAUGAUAGUUUUUAUUUGAUUUUAGUUGGUAUCUGGUAAAUAGUUGUUUUUGUUACUUGUGAACUUGUUUGCACCACCGAGCAAUAAUACUGAAUCCUACUGUAUAUCGGAACAAUGGCAAUUGCACAAGUGCCUGUUGUGACAGUUGGCCCGUUGGGGGACAGUCCAGUUCAGGUUGCCUGUCCUAAAUGCCAUCAGACAGUACUCUCCAAGGUGGACUACUCUUCUGGUUUGCUCACCUACCUUUUCUGUGGAGGACUCUUCUUUUGUGGCUUUGUUUUAGGUUGCUGUCUCAUCCCAUUCUGUGUGGACCGGCUGAAAGAUGCAAAGCACACCUGUCCUACCUGCAAGACUGUACUUGGCGUGUAUAAACGUUUAUAACUGAUAUUAGAGAAAAUUAAUUGGCAACUAUUUUGAUAAUUUAAUAAUCAUUUGUCUUUUUUUUAUCUUUAAACAAAAAAGAUAGUUUCUGUUUUUUGGUUUCUAGCUUCCUAAAUGUGAGAACUUUUUUUCUUUGUCAUGAUAGUAAAACUGAAUAGUUUGGGAUUUUUUGACUGUUGGUAAGAAAAAGCAUUACA